CGUGAGCAAGCGAUCCAGAGUACGCCAAUCAGAGGCCGAGUAGGGCGGGACAUGCCUUUGCCAUCCUAUGAAAUAAAUUAUCGCUUCCCGGAGCCAAAUGUGUUUUCCUUUUCCGUCGGCAAGUUAACAGGACUUAAAUAGGGUAUAAGAAGAAAGAUCUUGUUUACAUUACUCUUUAUUACACUAACCGUAUUUUUAUUAUGUGCGAUACACGAGCUCCGUAUAAUCUCUAACGUAACAGAUGGUAAAGGGCGCUGACAGCUCAGGAUCCUCAUCUUAUCAUCACGUCUCGUUUAACCGGCAUCUUUAGUUAGCGGUACGUUGAACAUGUCUGUGGUUGGAAACGCUAGCUACCUGCGCUAAUUUUUUUAGUGAGUUUAUAGAGAAGAACCAUUUUCCUCUCAGGUCAACUCCUCGAUUGUUUUCGCGGUGAAAAGUCGAGUUUGUAAGCUAACCGGCUUCUGGUAGCUUUUCCUUUCAGUGCCGGGCAGGGCUGAAAUGGAGGGACAUGUGACGUGGUAGUGAGGGCUCGAGCUAUAACUGGCCUAAAGUGCUCUUUAAAGUUCUCAACCGGUUGAACUGUAGCAAGUAACGUAGAGUAUCAAACUAUUCAGGAGACGGAUAGUCUCGUGAUGCACCAGCAGGGUUCGGUGAUGCCCUCCAUGCUCAGUGAUGGAUUCUGCCAGUGCCAAUCCGACGAAACUCACCGAGGAGUCGAGCCGGGUGGCGGAGGCGGGCACGCCGAAGACCCCUCCUCAGGUCCCCCAUCUAAAUCAGUCCCCCAACAGCCCGUGGUUGGUGACUGGAACUCGGACCCCGGUCAAUCAGCUCAUCCAUGUGACAUAUGUGGAGGACCUGAGCAGGAGCACAGACUGAAAGUGUUGUUCCAAGUCCUGGAUGUGAACGGUGAUGGAGGAAUUUGUGUCAACGACCUCACAAUUGGGCUGAAGAAAUUAGGAGUACAUCGGACUGAACAUGAGCUCAUGAAAAUAGUGAAAGCAGGAGACAAAGAUCUGGACGGACAGUUAGACUUUGAGGAGUUUGUUCAUUAUCUCAGAGACCACGAGAAGAAACUCCGGCUGGUCUUUAAGAGUCUGGACAAGAAGAACGAUGGCCGGAUCGACUCGCAAGAAAUCAUGCAGUCUCUGCGUGACCUGGGACUGAACAUCUCCGAGGAACAGGCUGAGAAGAUUCUCAAAAGAAUCAGGAGGGGUCAUAUCUGGGCCCCUAUCUUGUAUAUGGAUCAAAAUGGCACAAUGACGAUUGACUGGAAUGAGUGGCGGGAUUACCACCUCCUGCAUCCAGCAGGCAACAUCCCUGAGAUCAUCCUCUACUGGAAACACUCCACGAUCUUAGAUGUUGGGGAGAGUUUGUUGGUGCCUGAUGAGUUCACGGCAGAAGAGAAGAAAACAGGAAUGUGGUGGCGACACCUAGUGGCUGGAGGGGGGGCUGGUGCUGUGUCCCGAACCUGCACAGCACCACUGGACAGGCUCAAAGUACUUAUGCAGGUUCACUCCUCCAAGAGCAACAGCAUGCGUAUGACUGGAGGCUUUGUCCAGAUGAUCCGGGAGGGUGGUGUGAGGUCACUGUGGCGAGGUAACGGCAUCAAUGUCAUCAAAAUAGCCCCUGAGUCAGCUAUUAAGUUCAUGGCCUACGAACAGAUUAAACGAUUAAUUGGAAGUAACCAGGAGACGUUGGGCAUCACAGAGAGGCUGGUGGCAGGCUCUCUAGCUGGUGCAAGCGCCCAGAGCAGCAUCUACCCCAUGGAGGUCUUGAAGACACGAUUAGCCCUGGGGAGGACAGGCCAGUACUUGGGCAUUGUGGAUUGUGCCAAACAUAUCUUUAAGAAGGAGGGCGUGGCUGCUUUCUAUAAGGGCUAUGUCCCCAACAUGCUGGGCAUCAUCCCCUAUGCUGGCAUCGACCUGGCUGUCUAUGAGACUCUGAAGAAUUACUGGCUGCAGUGCUUUGCCACAGAGAGCGCUAAUCCAGGAGUGUUUGUGCUCCUGGCUUGUGGCACCACUUCCAGCACGUGUGGCCAGCUAGCCAGCUACCCACUGGCCCUGGUCAGGACUCGAAUGCAGGCACAAGCAACACUGGAAGGGGGUCCUCAAAUGACCAUGAAGGCCCUGUUCAGACACAUUGUUAGGACCGAGGGGCCCAUGGGACUUUACCGAGGCUUGGCACCCAACUUCAUGAAGGUCAUUCCAUCUGUCAGCAUCAGCUACGUGGUCUACGAGUACCUCAAGAUUGCCCUGGGGGUCCAGUCAAAGUGAGCUGGGCGGCAUAGUGAGGAGCUCAAGAGGCCAAAUGUUUUGGGUUUUUUUGCUUUUUUUUGUGCUGAAGAUUUCCGGCAUUGGGCUCGAAAAAGCCGCAGCUAACAUUUAACAUUUUAUAAAAUGUGAAAUUCCAGUGUUAAAGGAUUAACGUGAAAUGAUGUGAAUGAUGAGGAAUGAGAACUUUAAAAAGCUGAAAGAGAGGCUGAUGAAGACUUCCAAGAUGGAGAAAACUACUUGAGAAAACAAUUUCUGUUUGUUGCUCUUAUUUAAAUGUCUUUAAGCACGCUUGCUUCAACAAGACAAACGUUUACAUUGAAUUAAUUAAGUUAGUUUACUGGGGUACCAGUAAAUUGAUGUCAUGUUGCCAUGUGGCAGGUGUAGUCCUGCUGGUCUGUGUAAAGGAUGAAUCUUAAAGGGCUUUGCUAAGGCAGAUAACCUCUGACCUCAGUCCAUACUCUUUUUAAUAUUGUUUUGGCUUUCGAGCACUGUCUCUUGCCCUCUCUCCGCCCAAACAAAGCCACAAAGCCUCGGCUUAAUGAAAACAAUGCAGUAGCUGUAUACUGUUGCUUAACUAGGCUUGAGUAAUCCAGCACACAGAUGUCAAAAACAAGACCAUGAAUUUGUUUGGGUCUAUCUUUCUCCAUGACACCAACCGUGCUGUGUAAAUGUGGCAAUUACAGGGUAAAGAAACACUGAAUUUCCUUUUUCUUUCCCAAGAUUCCCAGCUUUUUCAGUUGCUUUAAAAGGUAUAUUGUGUAGUAUUUUAUAAAAAAAAGAAGAAAAAAAACAUAUACAAAAAUAAUCAAUCAUCACGUAUGCCCCAGUGUCUGGUGACGUUUUUAACUGCAGAGACCCUGCAAUCUGCAUGUAUUUUCUUUUUUUCUUCUUCUGUGUACGGGACGUUUAUGGGUGUCAAUAAAGAUCCUUUGGGCCCAAUGUGGGUUUGUAACCCCCAGCCAGUAACAGUGUGCAGGUUGAGCAGCCCGGUCUUAUUCCCAGGCACCGCUUUGUCACGCCCCUCGGCCGGCUGUCAUACUGACACACUCAAUCUCAAAGUGUGUACAGACGUUUCAAAGAAGCCUCUCUGAGAUACGCCCCCAUUUUUCCUUAAGUCCUGUACAAUAUAUCCAAUAUUAUAUUUUUACAUCCAGAACAGUUUUACUUUCCACAGGUUUUACAAAAUGUAAUGGUAUCAUUAGCUGGAUCUUAUUUCACCAGCUUGUGAGCUAAAGACAUUUUCCAUUCUUGGGCGAUGUAAACAGGGUUCAAAAUUAGCACCAUCUGCUAGCCGAAUUCUGGUAAAAUCUGCAAGUGGCUGGUAGAUCUGCUUUAUUAACCAGCCAAAACAAAAUGGUAAUCUAUUGAGUGGCUGGUAUAAUUUGAACAUUCACUACCCAUUAUGUUAGUACAUUUUGAACCCUGUCUGUAAGCAAAUAGUCCUUUAAAUCACACAGCAGCCACAUACAAGCAGAGGCAGUCAUUCAUAUAUAUCUCAAUCCAUAGAUAUAAAGAUAGUUUUAUAUCUAUGGAGGCAGCACCUGACUGAUGCCUGUGUCAAAUGAGAGACAGAUUCCCAUGAGUGCCUUGUGUGCCUAUCUUAAAUGCACUUAAACACUAAGAGGUGGAGUCUGUGGAACAUUGAAUGCACUUUAAGGUACUCUGCUUAAUUCCUGUUAUUUAUUUUCACAAAAAAAAAAUUAAAGACUGAAUUUGUGAUCUAUUGAUUCUGCUGAAUGUAUUCCAGUCUCUUUUGGAUUUUAGAGUAAUUAUGGUCUUGGUAAAAACCUUAGUUUUAGAGUUAGAGAAGUAACUCUGAUAUGGUUUAAAAUUCAACGCCUCAAUGAUGUAGAACCCCAAAGUGUUCAGUGCUAAAUUAAACAUAACAAACUAUUUAAUCAUAUGAAUCAAUGUUGUAAAAUAUUUAAAUGAACCAACAUUUUGUGAAAUAAUUGAAGAAAUUAUUAAAACUCCACUCUAUUAUAAA